AAAAAUAAAACUCAAUACUCGAUCACGCUCCAUAUCAUAUUAUAUUUGACAAAUGACGCAGUAGUAAUAAGUUCAUAAAGCGAUAACAAGAGAUGGAUAACUGCUUUACAGAACACACAUCUCCUUGUCGAAUGCUAAAUAGGUGUAUUGGAAUCUAGUUUCUCCUUAACAUCAACUUUGCGCGGCAACUCGACUCCAACCACAACACAGUCGUCAUCUUAUGAAUGAGAAGGUAAACCUUGCGACCUCCGAAGAUCAACGAUGUCCUCGUUAUUUUUAAAAUCAACUCCGCAGAUGACGAUCUAAAAAGGUGGAUAAAUUAAAAAGGAAAUAGUAAACAAAGUAUUUCACAUUAUGGCUUCUACAGAAGAAGAAAAAAUUUUAGACAUUCUUCGAGGAGUCCAACUUGAUCAGUUCCACAGGCAAAUUGUAGAUCGGCUGCAUGUCACCCGAGUAAAUCAUUUUGAUCAUGUUACUGAAGAAGACCUAGAUGGCUUAGGCAUGGCAAAACCGGCUCAACGAAGGCUAUUUGAAGCGAUCAAGAAAGGAAAGCGUAGGAAUUUAUUUGGGAGUUUUCGUAGAAAGAAAAGCAAGAACAAGUUACUGCCAGAACCCUCUUCCUAUCCAAAGUCCCCAAUAACAACUCCUGCUGGCCCCUGCUUGACUUGCCUCAUCACCGAGAGCUCCUUGGUGUUAUAUGAGAUGAUUGGUGAUGGGGCAUUUGGAUAUGUGAGGAAAGGACAGUGGACAACAGACACUGGAACAAAGGUUGAUGUAGCUGUUAAGUGUCUGAAGUUUUCUGCCGAUGCAGCCUUCAUACAGAUGCAGACAGACUUCAUCAAGGAAGCUAACUCUAUGGCAUUGCUAGACCACCCUCAUAUCAUCAGGCUUUUUGGAAUUGUGCUGUCUACCCCUAUGAUGCUGGUGACAGAGCUCGCUCCUCUUGGCUGCCUUCUGACGGCUCUGAGGAACAACCGACAACGCUUUAUGGUGUCUACACUGUGCGACUUCAUGAUCCAAGUAGCAUCAGGAAUGGCGUACCUUGAGAGCAAGAGGUUCAUACAUAGAGACCUGGCAGCUAGGAACGUUUUACUUGAAUCGAACGAGAAGGUCAAGAUAGGUGAUUUCGGUUUGAUGCGGGCCCUCUCCGUUGAAGAUGACUACUAUACUAUGAACCCGAAAGGCAAAGUUCCUUUUGCUUGGUGUCCACCAGAAGCGCUCAAGUAUCGCAAGUUCUCACACGCAUCUGAUGUGUGGUCGUUUGGUAUCUGUGUUAUCGAGCUGUUCUCGUACGGGGAGGAGCCGUGGCCUGGGCUGAAUGGCGCGCAGAUUCUUGCAAAAGUGGACAUGCCGCGAUGCGAGCGCCCGCUAAAGCCAAGUCACUGCCCUUCCCUGAUCUACAGUCUCCUGGUCUCCCUGUGUUGGGCUCAUGAUCCGUCCAAUAGGGCGGGGUUUUCCGAGCUAAAAAAAUCGUUGGAACAGGUUCGUCCCCAUGAUGUCCGUGCCGUGCAUGGUUAUGACAGCAAAAGUCCACAGAACCUGUGCUUCGAGGAAGGCGACAAGAUCACACUUAUAGAAGCAAGUGCGGACACCUCGUGGUGGAGAGGACAAAACAAGAAGACUGGCCGAGUGGGAAUGUUUCCUGCCGAACUUGUAGACGGGGGACCCAAACCUGGGACAGUGCAACAAAUUUCUUCCACAAAUAUCUCUCCCUCUGUCCUCAGUCGUCUACUCAAGCCUGCCUCAUGCGGCAAAACUUCUUGUGAUUGUGGCGAGAAGCACCUUUACGAAACACCAGUGCUCUUACCUCCCACAUCCACUCCCACCUCUGACCCGACAAGCCCUGCCUCAAGCCUUGUCUCCCGGAACUCCACGCGUUCCUUAGAGAGUGAUAUCUCAUCUCCAAGCGAAUAUGAAAGCGGCUAUUGCUCAAGCAUGGACGGGCGACGUUCAAACAGCACCUUCUCCCGAAAAGACCUCUCGUACUCGUAUGAGAACUGUAACCCAUCAUACGAAACCAUGGAAGCUGAUGCCCUAGCCAGUCGUCCAAUAACAAUCCCGAAAAGCGGUGGCUCUUCUGAGCCCAUGCCCAUCCCACGGCGAGAUAUGACCGGUGCGAGGCAGAGGGUCUCCGACCUGCCCAGCCUUGAUCGGCUGAAAGGUCGCAUGUCUGAUCCGCUGUGUCGGAGCCCCAAGAUGGAGCGAGUGGCAAACAGGCGAAGUGAUCCCAGCGGGAACACUACAAGCGCAAGGUGUCCGCUUGACUUUGCCAGCUCAAGGCGGGAAGUCGUUGAUGAAGAGAUCCCUCCUCCUCUUCCUCCGAGAUCAUUGAAGAGCAGUCCUCGGUCACGUGACCCGUCUCCACCAAUAGCAUCCAGCUCACCUGGUAGCACUAAUAUAGGCGAAUCCUUUGCCAACGAAAUGAUCUUAUUCAUCAAGAGCUGCUCGACGGAAUGUUUCGAUUCCUCGACAGUCACCACCACAGAUGUAAACAGUAUUCGGACAAAUAGCGACGAAAACGCUUCCAAGAGGCAUUCCCUCGACACCACAGCCAUUCCGAGAAUGUCUGAUGGAUUUGACAACUUCGAGAUCAAGCCUCGUAGUGCAAGCUUUGGAAGUCUUGCCGGGUAUGAGAACCAUGUGUUUAGGAAAGGACAUCAGGACCAGGCCUGUGUAAAGUCCGCGAUCUCUAAGGCUUUGGAUGAGUUUGAGAGGCACGUGUAUGGAAAAGAUAAAUAUGCUACAGACACGGAGGACAGCACUGGACUUGAGGUAGAGACAUCCGACACCUCGGAUUACAAGAACUAUCGCCUGAGAUCGCCCGAUGUCUAUGAAAACAUGAGCUUGGAGAAAAGCUUUGAGGUUAAUGCAACAUCUAGGAGCCAGUCUCACGAUAAAAACAAACGAGGCCCAGCAUUCAGAAGUCUUUCUCUUGAUAGAAGUAAACCAGCCCUAACAUCUAGGAGCCGUUCUCUUGACAGAAACACAACCAGUCCAAGAUUGGAAACCAAGUCGAACAAAACUUCAUCGCAAAGAGAAACCCUUAACGAUGAUGUAUACUGUGACAUGACAGAUUCAAUUAAAACAUGCCUUCCUCCUAGGGAGACUCCAACAACAAGUAAACCAGCCCUAACAUCUAGGAGCCGUUCUCUUGACAGAAACACAACCAGUCCAAGAUUUGAAACAAAGUCGAACAAAACUUCAUCGCAAAGAGCAACCCCUAACGAUGAUGUAUACUGUGACAUGACGGAUUCAAUUAAAACAUGCCUGCCUCCUAGGGAGACUCCAACAACAAAAGAGGCUUCCGAAAAGGAAGUGUAUUGUGAUAUGACAUAUGCCAGUAAAAUAGACCCUUUACCUAGGCAGGCUCUUAGAGAGAAAGAGGCUUCAGAAAAGGAUGUGUAUUGUGAUGUGACAAUUGCAGAUAAGGGAGUGUCCGCACCUCUGAAGCUACCGCAAUACGAGAACCAUGUUAUUCCGAGAAAGAUUAUACCACCAACCAUUGAGAUGCUCAGGUCAAGUCAGAAUAGGUACAGUGGUGCAUGGGAUGACGUCUUGUCGAAGUCAGUGCCAUCAGCAUGCAAUUUGGGCCUGAUUGAGCGGAGUAUUGGGAUAGAUGGCACCUUCACCGCGGUCAUUGGAGAGCUCAAAUCAGAAAACAAUCUUCGCCGCUCUUCCAGUACCGGGGACAUCUACGAAAACUUGCAGCAUCCUCUCAAGUGCGUUAAAGAGUUAUGCCACCCUGUUGCACCGCCCAGGUUAAAGAAAAAGUUAAGGCAGGCUCGGAACGCUGUUCCCGAAAAGAAGUGGUCUCUUGGUAUCACAGGUGAAGUCGCCAAUGCGCUACGAAAACGUGAGGCAAAAGGAAACCAAGAAACAAAAGAGUUGAGUGAUCGGUCGGUCGAGAAUGAGCUUGUAUCAUCACAUCGUGUUAAUCUGAGGGUAAAGCCAGUGCCGCCUCGACCAAACAGUGGAGAACUGUGCCAAAAGGUAGCACCACUUUGCUCGGGAAGUGCGGAGAGAAAUUUGGAAGGGUCGCCCCGUCUUCAAGCCUCAGACAGUACCAUGAAGGCGGAGGAAACGCCCUGUCUUCCACACUCGGGAAGUAUCUUGAAAAAGGAGGAAGAUGCUCCUCGUCUCCCACCGCGCUACACGCCGUCCCCUGGAACAAUGGUGCUAGGGACCAAUAAGUUAAAGAUAGAUGGACGUUCUUAUGAGAAUAUAGUCUCGUCGAACUCGAGGGGCCAACCAGUCCCGCCUCCUCCGCGCAAGAUGACUAGCCCUUCGUUGCCCUCAAAGACAAGAAGUCUAGGGAUUGACGAUCAAAUGGGAUCGAGAUUUGAUCCAGAGCUUGAAAGCAAAUUGCCUUUUACCUCGUCCAAGCCGUUCGGAUUAAGCCUGAGGAAGGCAAACGGGCGACCGCCGGAACUGCCACCUAAGGCAAAAUCUGGUGUGAAAACCCCAACAAGUCCAUUACACCGUAGCAGCUCGUGGUCUGUUGUGCGUUCGACUGGCCUGCACGGUUCAUCAGAAGAUGAUACCACGACUGGAGCCCGGCGGUACCGGCCGUGUCCCAUCGAAAGCGGCAAUACCUAUGAGGCUCCUCGUCAGGUGGUAAUGGAAAAGGAAGUGGAGGAGCUUCCACCGCCGCUGCCGAGAAAGUUGUCGAAGGGAAUGUCCAGGCAAAACACGUGCCCAAACAUGGUGCCCGAAACCAUCCUGUAAAACAGCCAGUAAAUAGUAAGAUUAAGCAAAGUGUCGCAAUGUACAGGUGAUAAGAAACGUAUAACCAAUUUGGUGGUAAUGACACAAAUAUUUUCUUUUAAUAAGCCACAUUUAUAGAAUUGGGUUAAAUACAUAUUUUUUUUUUGUUUGUAUGUGGAAGUUUUUUAAUGGUAAAAUAACUAGUCUUAUCAUCACGUCUGGUUCCCCUUGAGUUGUCUUUCUUGAGAUAUCCAUGCAUUUGCUGGGGACACAUUACCUUAAGUAGAUAACAUAGACAAUAUCUAUUAUAGUAUAUUCUUUUUUAUUAACUUAUUUAAAUAGAAGAUUUUAUAAGAUUUAUUGUACAGUAAUAUAUUUUUACUAGAUAUUGCAAGGCAGAAUUUAAUUUGUUUAAUAGAUUAGUGUACAUUUAGAGAAUAAAAAAUGGUAUGAUGCAAAUGUAA